UUGCAGACCACAGAAAUGGACUGCGGCUUCAUCGAUCCGCAGGCUACGCUGAGUGCAGCUUUGGCCAAGAAAGACAUCCGGCUGUUCGUCGAGGCACUGGACAGCGGUGCACAGGCCGCUCUGCAGGACGACCGCCACACAUGCAUCUACGAGAAGGCACUAUCUACACGAGGCUGCUGGGAUUUCAUAAAGGCCUGCAUCCUCAAAGGCUGUGGGGUCAACUAUAUUAAUCAAAAGCUAAACAAGGCCGCAGUCAGCUAUGCCGCCGACUCAAGGGAUCCCAAAAACCUGGCCGCUCUCCUGAGAGACCGCGAGGGAGCAAAAGUCCGAGUGGAUAGAAAGUACGCCCAGCUCACCCCACUCAACUCGCUGGCUAAGAAUCUCACAGAAGAAAUCGCCUCAGAUGUGCUGCAUAAAGCUGCUUUUAAUUGAUCAAGCCGAUUUCACGCCUCUGCACCACGUGUUGAGGAAAAGCAAGGUGAAGGCUCAGAAGCGGGAGCUGGUGCAGCUCUUCGUAAAUCACCCUGAGCUAGACAUCGAUAGCCAUCGCAAUGGAGAAGUGCGCCGGCUACUGGAGGAGCAAUUGCCGGAGCUGGCAUUGCCCAAAGAGCGCCUGAGCGGUACAGAAAUCGACGGACAAACAAAUGGUCAAGUUGAAAGAGUAAAUAGAAGCAUUGGCAUUCAGGAGCUCUCCAGUCAGGAUGGCCGAAUUGUCGCAAGCAGUCAUACACACAUGUACAUACACACCUACACUUAAGUACUAAGGAUCAUAUUAUACACACAUACUCUAAGUUAAA